UUUAUCUAUAAAUAUCUCAAAAUCCUUUAGAUAUAACCUUCAUACUCUACAUAGCUCACCAAAACCUCUUUUUCAAAGUUUUCUUUUCUUUUCUAUCGAUGGCAGAGGAAAAACAACAAGGAACUAAGUCAACUAACCCUUCCUUGGAACAGCCAAGUUCUGCAAAAACAAGUUGGCCUGAGCUGGUUGGUGUGACUGCAGAUGAAGCUGAGAAGAAGAUAAAGGAAGAGAUGCCUGAGGCUAGAAUUCAAGUGGUGCCUCCUAAUACUCCUGUUACUUAUGAUUACAGACUCGAUCGAGUUCGAUUAUUUGUGGAUGAAUCUAGUAAGGUCAUUGAGACUCCAACCAUUGGCUAAUAUUACAUCAACUCAAUGUCAAGGAGAGGAGAUAUACUAGUAGUUAUGAAGCUUGUGAUGUUGUUUGAAGAAUAAAUGUAAUUUUUUUUUAGUAUGUGUGUGGAACAUGUCUUUUUCUCUUCAAUAAUAUAUCUCCUUCAAAAUUA